AUGGAAAAACUAUUCAGGAACCGAGACCUUAACGUUAGUGUGAGAACUGUUGAAAGUGAUGGGGAGUUAUUAUUCUACGCAAAAGAUGUGGCGGAAUCCUUAGGGUACUCAAAACCGCAGAAGGCUAUUAGGGAUCAUGUAUGGGGAUUAAAUAAGGUAUUGUUGGGAAAUAUCUCGGGUGAACAAAGGGUACCCAAAACGGGUACCCUUAGAAAUUGCCACCCACAUACGGUCCUCCUAAGAGAACCAGGAGUAUACCAAUUAAUAUUCAACUCAAGACUCCCAAUAGCGGAGGACUUCCAGGACUGGGUAUUCAGGGAAGUCCUCCCAUCUAUACGAAAAACUGGCACAUACAGUUUACCAGAUAGAAGGUCACUUAGAUACAACCAAAUGAUCCUAUUAAAUGAAACAGACCUCCACCACACAGUCGUGAGUUACAUCAGGGACAACUACCCAGAGGCUGUGGUAAUACCCGGUCUAGGGGAGUAUCAGGACACAUCAUCUAAGAGAUGUGAUGCCUGGAAGAAGGGAUACAAAGGUGGUCAGCCAGAUAUUAUUAUAGAGAAUUCUAUGGGGAAGUACAAAGGAUUUGCCAUAGAAUUCAAGUCUCCAAAAGGCACCGGAGUCGCAAGUGAAAAGCAAGUGUUAUGGUUCCACAAACUUAUGAAGAUAGGUUACAUGGUGAUGGUGUCAGAUGACCUUGUAAAAACUUGCAUUAGAAUCAACGAAUACUUUUCACUUAAGAAGGUCGCAAAGAAGGUCACAGUGAACAACACACAGUGUGCUGUAAGGUUGUACAGACCUAGGUUCAGUUCAGGUAAGUACUAG